AUGGACGCGCUUCGCUCAGCUCUCCAACCCAUCACUCACAACCUUCCCGGCCCGAUCCGCGACCUCGGCACCUCCAUCAUCGGUGACGAGUGCUACAAGGCCAUCCUCCUCGACAUUGACCUCGAGAACACCGCUUGCCUCAAGCUCGCCGUCUCCAAGGGCCUCGGCAUUGGCAUCAUCGGCGCCUCCUCCAUCGUCAAGGUGCCCCAGAUCCUCAAGCUCGUCGGCUCCCAGUCCGCCGAAGGCGUCUCCUUCCUCUCCUACGUCCUCGAGACGAGCGCGUACCUCAUCACCCUAGCCUACAACUACCGCAACGGCUUCCCCUUUAGCACCUACGGCGAGACGGCCCUCAUCCUCGCCCAGAACGUAGUUAUCUCCGUCCUCAUCCUCAACUACAGCAACCGCGCCGCCCUCGCCGCCGUCCUUGUCGCCGCCCUCGCCGCCGCCGGUGGUGCCCUCUUUACCGAUGGCAUCCUCGACCUGAAGCUCCUCAGCUACCUCCAGGCUGGUGCUGGUGUCCUCGGCGUCGCCAGCAAGCUUCCCCAGAUUCUUGCCAUUGCCCAGCAGGGUGGCACUGGCCAGCUCAGCGCCUUCACCGUCUUCAACUACCUCGCCGGCUCGCUUUCCCGAAUCUUCACCACUCUCCAAGAGGUCGACGACAAGCUCAUUCUGUACGGCUUCAUCUCCGGCUUUGUCCUCAACGCCGUCCUCGCCGUCCAGAUGAUCUACUAUUGGAACGCUCCCUCGGAAAAGGCCAAGGGCAAGCGCAAGGUCGCCCCCCUCAAGGCUGCUCCCGUCGAGGCCAAGUCCUCUGCUACCCCUACCAAGAAGAGCCCUACCACUCGCCGCCGCGGUUAG